AUGGAUGUGGUGCAGGAGCAGCUAUGUGGGGUUUACUCUGUCGCAAAUUUGCUGGCCGACAAAGGAAAAACACUUUCUAUGACGGAAUUCACAGCGAAAGCAACGAAUGAUAGAGAAAUGUUAGAUUGGCGCAGGCUAGGAGCGAGUUUGGCUUUUCAGCAAAAGCUAACUCUAAUGCAACAAGCCCUGCUACCGAUGAAAUUUACAGAACAAUGCCCACCGUUAUUUCAUAAUAUAAAUUCUGGUAUUGGUUCCUUAACUGGUGGAUUUGCUGCAAUGCAGCCCUUCUGGCAAGGGCAAUUCAGACAAGCCGCUAUCAGUCUCUUAUCUUGUUCUCAGAGAGUACCGUUGAAGCGAGACGAAGGUGUGCCUAAGAAUGUAACAUUACCCUCUGAUGGACCUUCCCCAUCAAUAGAAAAUGUCUUCCCAUGUUUUACGUGCACAAAGCUCUUCUCCUCGAGUGCUGUUUUAGAACAACACCAAACCAUCCACGUCGUUGAUAAACAUUUCGAAUGCAAGCAGUGCGGUAAAACAUUCAAAAGGUCAUCUACUCUCUCGACACACCUGCUCAUUCAUUCUGACACACGUCCGUAUCCAUGUGAGUAUUGUGGGAAACGCUUCCAUCAAAAGAGCGAUAUGAAAAAGCACACCUACAUUCAUACAGGGGAGAAACCACAUAAGUGCACAGUUUGUGGCAAAGCAUUCAGCCAAUCGUCUAAUCUCAUCACUCAUACGAGGAAACACACGGGAUUUAAGCCUUUUGCGUGUGAUGUGUGUGGAAGAACAUUCCAAAGAAAGGUGGAUAGAAGACGACACAGAGAAACCCAUCAUCCUGGCCAGGUAGAAGAUACUGAUGGUGGUUCAAGCACCCAUGAAGUCGUCCAUUUUAUUCAACAGAGCAAAGAGUCCGUGAACGAAAAUUCGAGAGAAACGCUAUCGGCUUUUAGAAUUCUGCCGCAGCAUUUCAACUACCCGCAAGCAGUUGAUGGCGGAGAGAGAUGCCAAUCUGAGGACAACGAAAUUCUCAAUCUUAGCCGCAAGGAGUAG